CCCGACAUUUGGAAAUGAGUGGCGAACAAAAAUUAAUGGCCUACAAGAGAGUUGGGCAAGCGGUUAAUAUGUCCGUUGAUCGUUUGGUAACAAUUGGAGAAAUAAUUGCUGAGGGUUUUCAGGAUAUUAAAGGUGAUAUGUUUGAGUGUUGCAAGGAUGCAAGAGAUACGGGGAAAUCGAUUGAACAACUUUGUAUAUCUGGCGAUUUAAUACACGACAGUGCUGGUGUACCCAAACCCUAUGUGGAUCAUACAGCCAUUGUGCUGGCAUCACGUUCAUUACUAACCUCCAUAACACGAGUCCUCUUACUGGUCGAUAUCAUUGUGGUCAAACAGCUGUUCAGCUUCAAAUAUAAGGAUAGCAAAUGUCCACAGAAUUUGGAAUGUGUUAUGAAUUUUACCAAAUUUGUACAAGCCUUCUCCGCGUUCGGUACAGAAAUGGUAGAGAUGACCUAUUUGACGGGUAGUAAUGCCAAUUGUGCCAAAGAGGAGCGACGACGUGCCGAAAUACUCUCAGCUCGUCAGGUGCUAGAGCAUUCGGUAAAAGUCUUGAUCACCUCCUCGAAGGUGUGUAUGGUCCACUAUAAUUGUGUAAUUGCCCGGGAGAAUCGCAACACCGUAUUUUGUCAAAUACGACGUGGUAUGGAUCACAUACAUUUCAUUAUCAAGGAUACUAUCAUCGAAUCGGAAUGGCAUUCUACGAAACAGCAACAGUAUUCCUAUUACAACAACGAUGACCGUGGCACCAUACAUGCCACCAUACAACAUUUUACCUAUCUGAUGCAGUGUUGCCGCUAUAAAACGAAUAAACAUGGUGGUGGCGUCGGUGAUCCCUACAUGAAUUCGAAAUUCAAUCACAACUCUUCGUAUCGCAAAAAGGCCUUGGAGCGACGAUGGGUUACAUCAGCUGCAACACAUGACAAUAAAACCAAAACGAAGCUAUACGAUGCCACAGGACUGCCGGAGGGCGAACGUCUGCUCAACGAAUGCUACGGCCUGGAUGAAUAUUCCUCCUCCUCCGCCUCGGGCAGUCCCAAAUAUAAGACGACAAUCAAUCAAUCCUGUGUUUGUGAAGAUCUCAUUGAAAAACUGCUAAUCUCAUUCGAUAGAAUCUUGGAGAACAUCCAUGAUUUUACCGACUCACCCUAUACCAGUCAUGAAAUGCGUGAAAGUAUUUUAAUCUACUGCGAUCACUGUACCCGUGAGCUGAAUAAAUAUCUACGCAUUGUGGUGAAACAAGGCGAUCAGCCAUAUGCCAAAGAUCCGUAUCAGGAUGAGUAUAUCGAUACGGUAUUGUCUGCCGUCAAAACGUUAUCCGAACAAUUGGUCACAUCGGCAGCCGAACAGUCGCGUGAUAUGUUUCACGCUCUGAAAAUGUCCACGGAAUUGGUGAACUCCCUUAAUGCCAUAAUAUCACAACAGAAUUUACCACAAUUCACCCAGAAAGUGAAUGAAUUUCACGAGCAUUGUGAUCAUAUUUUGGAUGUGUGUAAGCUGCUGCGUCACAUUGCCGUGCAGGAUGCUCUCAAGGAACAGGCUAGUCAUGUAUCGAUAAAUUUACGCAUCUAUGGACCUCAAGUUAUUCUAGCUGCCAAAAUAUUAACUAAAUUCCCCUUGAGUAAUGUGGCCAGUGAGAAUUUUGAUGCAUUUGUGGAAAUGUGGACAUGGUUAGUGUCCGAGGUGAAUGUGGUGGCUAAAAAGAUAUUGGAAUCGAUGGCGGUAAUAAGUGAACAAGAUUUAAACUCUGCCGCAUCAGUAUCGGAUAUUGCAAAACCAACAAAAACGGUUAAUUUCCCCAAAGAUUUACCCGAGCCGAGUAAGGAAUUAGAUUUGGAGGCCGAUGCUGUUAAACGCGAUUUACAACCUCGCUGGAAUGAAGAAUUAUGUGACAAUGACAUAAUUAAACGUGCGAAAAAUCUUUCAGCUAUGGCAUUUUUAAUGUAUCAAUUUACCAAGGGAAAUGGUUCACUGAAAACUACCCAGGAUUUGUUUACACAAGCUGAAUAUUUUGCUGAAGAAGCCAAUCGUCUAUAUAAAAUAUUAAGACAAUUUUCCUAUCAGGUCCCCGCAAGUCCACACAAAAAAGAUUUACUCAAUGUCCUAGAUCGUGUACCCACAUUUGUACAAACAUUACAGUUUACUGUCAAAGAUCAUACAGUGGGUCCAUCGGCCACAUAUGUUAAGGUGGAUCAUGUUAUCAGGGAAACGAAAAACCUCAUGUGUGUUAUCAAUAGUGUUGUGACAAAGUGCCUAGAAUGUGCUACAAAGUACAAUCUGGACUUUAAUAGUAUUACUGGGGGUCUAACAUCCUCAAUGCAUGGUGAUGACUUAGCUGCCGGUGCCAUGGAUUCAAAGGGUACAAGCAAUAGCAGUGACAUAACUGGGUGACAUUACGGUAUGGCCCGCAGAGCCAAAGGAGAUACAAGAAGAACGCGAGUCUCAUUUUUACUUUUUUGAUUAUUAUUC